AUGACCUAGAGGCACCUGUGCUUGCAGGUGGUCGCUGCAGCCACGACAGUCACCAUGAAGAAGGCGGCUGGCGGAGACGAGCUCGCAGAACUCUUCAGUAUGAUCCCGUACCUUCUGCAGGCGGCCAACACCAGCGGCAACGCGUCGCUGCGGCUUCAGGACUUGUGGUGGGAUCUGGGGCUAGAGCUGCCUGACGGCGCGGCGCCGGGGCAUCCCCCGGGCACCGGCGGGACAGAAAGUGCAGACACCGAGGCCCGGGUGCGGGUCCUCAUCAGCGUGGUGUACUGGGUGGUUUGCGCGUUGGGCCUGACCGGCAACCUGCUGGUACUCUACCUGAUGAAGAGUAAGCAGGGAUGGCGCAAGUCCUCCAUCAACCUCUUCGUCACCAACCUGGCGCUGACAGACUUUCAAUUCGUACUCACCCUGCCCUUCUGGGCGGUGGAAAACGCUCUGGACUUCAAAUGGCCCUUCGGCAAGGCCAUGUGUAAGAUCGUAUCCAUAGUGACGUCCAUGAACAUGUACGCCAGCGUCUUCUUCCUCACCUCCAUGAGCGUGGCGCGCUACCACUCGGUGGCCUCGGCUCUUAAGAGCCACAGGACCCGAAGGCACGGCCGGUGCGACUGCUGCGGCAAAAGCCUGGGGGGCAGCUGCUGCUUCUCAGCCAAAGCACUGUGCGUAUUGAUCUGGGCCUCCGCCGCGCUGGCCUCGUUGCCCAAUGCCAUCUUCUCCACCACUAUCAAGGUGAUGGGCGAGGAGCUGUGCCUGGUGCGCUUCCCAGACAAGUUGCUGGGCGGCGACAGACAGUUCUGGCUGGGCCUCUACCACUUGCAGAAGGUGCUGCUAGGCUUCGUGCUGCCCUUGUGUAUCAUCAGCCUGUGCUAUCUGCUGCUGGUGCGCUUCAUCUCCGAUCGCCGAGUGGCAGGGACCGAAGGAGGAGCCUCGGCUGCCCGGGGCAGCCUGGCCGCAGCCAGCGCCAGGAGACGGUCCAAAGUCACCAAAUCAGUGACCAUCGUGGUCCUAUCAUUCUUCCUGUGUUGGCUGCCCAACCAGGCGCUCACCACCUGGAGCAUCCUCAUCAAGUUCAACGCGGUGCCCUUCAGCCAAGAGUAUUUCCUAUGCCAGGUAUACGCGUUCCCGGUGAGCGUGUGCCUGGCUCAUUCCAACAGCUGUCUCAACCCCAUCCUCUACUGCCUCGUGCGCCGCGAGUUCCGCAAAGCGCUCAAGAGUCUGCUGUGGCGCAUCGCGUCGCCCUCUCUCACCAGCAUGCGCCCUUUCACCGCCACCACCAAGCCAGAGCCCGAAGAUCAGGGGCUGCAGGCCCUGGCACCUCUCCACCCGACCGCGGAGCCAGACCUGGUCUACUACCCGCCUGGCGUGGUGGUCUACAGUGGGGGGCGCUACGAUCUGCUGCCCAGCAGCUCCGCCUACUGA